CACUAUAAUACUUUCACAUUACCUCCUUCUAAGGGAGGUGGAGGAAUGCAGCAGCAGUAAUAUAGGCUAUUGUACAUCAGGACAAUACAUUCAUCUUCAAGAGACUUCAAGAAACCCCAAAGAAACCCCAAAGAGCUAAUUGAUCAUUAAUUAUACCUGACAAGGAUAUGGAGCCAACAACAGAUUAUAACUAUUCUGCCUACUACGAUGGUGGAGAAGGGUUAGAUACAUCAGAGGGCCAGCCAUGCAACAAUGCCAAUGUGAAGGAGUUUGGACGGGUGUUUCUGCCUACAUUCUACAGCCUGGUCUUCAUCGUGGGCGUCAUCGGUAACGGCCUGGUGGUCUAUGUCCUGGUGAAGUUUAGGAGGACCAGAAGCAUGACAGACCUCUGUCUCCUCAAUCUGGCAAUGUCUGACCUUUUCUUCGUCAUCUCCCUGCCUUUCUGGUCCCACUAUGCCACCGCAGCCGAGUGGCUCCUGGGGGACUUUAUGUGCCGACUGGUAACCGGACUGUACAUGCUGGGGUUUUAUGGCAGCAUCUUCUUCAUGGUGAUCUUGACAGUGGAUCGCUAUGUGGUCAUAGUCCACUCUCACAAAAUGGCCAGGCUCAGAUCUGUCAGAGUAGGGGUCACUCUGUCUCUGCUCAUGUGGGCUCUCAGUCUCUGUGCCUCUCUGCCUACAAUCAUCUUCACAAAAGUAAAUAAUGAGUCUGGGCUUACAACAUGUAAACCAGAGUAUCCAGACGGUAGCAUGUGGCGCCAGGUUUCUUAUUUAGAGAUGAAUGUCUUGGGUCUACUUCUCCCUCUCUCCGUCAUGGUGAUCUGCUAUUGCAGAAUCGUUCCGAUGUUAGUCAAUAUCAAAACCACCAAAAAGCACAAAGCCAUCAAACUGAUAAUCAUCAUAGUAGUGGUCUUUUUCUGCUUUUGGACCCCAUACAAUGUGGUCAUUCUCCUGCGUUAUCUGGAGGAACAAAGCUAUUUUGGGGACUGUACAACUCACAAGAACAUAGACCUGGCAAUGCAGUGGACAGAGGUGAUCGCGUUCACACACUGUUGUUUGAAUCCGAUCAUCUAUGCCUUUGUAGGGCAGAAAUUCAUGAGUCUUGUCCUGAAGUUACUAAGAAAAUGGAUGCCAAUGUGCUUCGCCAGGCCUAAUAUUAGUGAGUUGUCUGAACGAAAAAGCUCAGUCUAUUCCAGGUCUUCUGAAAUAACAUCUACAAGAUUUAUGUAGAUUGACUUGUAUACAAGCACAAUUCAAAUAUACAAACUUUGAGAAGGGAAAAGACAGUAAAAGAUGCAAGGAAAAACUACAAACAAAUGUAAGGAGGAUUUCUUUGAAAGUGUGGCCACCCUAGCUGUGAAUCUAUGCUUACAGUAGAUACAGUAGUUAUCAGUUGCUCUUUUGUAUCUUUACAUGCUCCAAUUCCUUUGUUGAUAGAUACCUUUAAAGAGUGUUAGUUGAGUCCUCAUGUGGUAUUGUGUGAAGUGUGAAAAAAAGUAAACAAAUUGACAGUAUGUACAGUGCAUUCAGAAAGUAUUCAGACCCCUUUCCUUUCCUUAUUUACAUAAGUAGUCAGACCUUUUGUUCGAAAUUGAGCUCAGGUGCAUCCUGUUUCCGUUGAUCAUCCUUGAGAUGUUUCUACAUCUUGGUUGGAGUCCCCCUGUGGUAAAUUCAAUUGAUACGACAUGAUUUGGAAAGGCACACACCUGUCUAUAUAAGGUCCCACAGUUGACAGUGCAUGUCAGAGCAAAAACCAAGCCAUGAGGUCGGACAGGAUUGUGCCAAGGUACAGAUCUGGGGAAGGGUACCAAAACAGUUCUGCAACAUUGAAGGUUCCCCAAGAAAACAGUGGCUCCAUCAUUCUUAAAUAGAAGAACUUUGGAACCACCAAGACUCUUCCUAGAGCUGGCCGCCUGGCCAAACUGAGCAAUCGAGGGAGAACGGCCUUGGUCAGAGAGGUGACCAAGAAUCCGAUUGUCACUCUGACAGAGCUCCAGAGUUCCUAUGUGGAGAUGGAAGAACCUUCCAGAAGGACAACCAUCUCUACAGGACUCUGCCAAUCAGGCCUUUAUGGUAGAGUGGCCAGACAGAAGCCACUCCUCAGUAAAAGGCACAUGACAGACUCUCAGACCACAGAACACAAUAGUAUGUGGCAUGAAACCACUGCCACUUAACAAUGUUAUGUUACGUACUAUAUACCGUAUACAUGACUGUAUAGGAUUUGUGAUUACCUUGUCUUCAUUUUUUUCAAUAACAUGUUUCUUUUUUAUUUCAAACCACACUUUUGACAGUUUGUUAAUGGUAUACGGUAUUCUGUAUGUAACGGUCAUUUAGAAAAUAUCAAUAAAGUCUUGUUUGGUGACAUUU